CUCUCAGCUGGGAUCGCGCCGCGUCAACUUCCGGGCGGGUGCCCGCCAGCACGGCCUCCGCCGCUCCCCUUCUUUGGCCCCUUUGUGUCCCCGCAGUAUCGCGGCGCGGGCCCUGGCACGUCCUUUCUCGAGGCAGGGAGCACCAUAGUGCAGGGAGCCUCUCCUUGUGGGCGGGCGCGCGGCCCGCAGGGGGGUUAGAGUGGGGAACGUGCCUGCGCGUGCUGGGAUAGUUCAUUUAAAGCUCUUAAUUCUACAGGGUGGUGGUUUCUACCAAUAUGAAUCUUUUCAACUUGGACCGUUUUCGCUUUGAGAAAAGGAGUAAGAUUGAGGAAGUGCCCGAAGCAAACCCUCAACCCUCCAAGCCUGGCCCUUCUUCACCAAUUUCUCUUAGUGCUGAAGAGGAGAAUGCUGAAGGGGAAGUUAGCAGGGCAGGCACACCUGAUUCAGAUAUAACUGAAAAAACAGAAGAUUCUAGUGUUCCAGAAACUGCAGAAAAUGAAAGAAAAGCUAGUAUCUCAUAUUUCAAGAAUCAAAGAGGAAUACAGUAUAUUGACUUGUCUUCUGAUAGUGAAGAUAUCGUUUCCCCAAAUUGCUCCAGUACAGUUCAAGAGAAAAAAUUCAACAAAGACACAGUAAUUAUAGUUUCUGAGCCAUCUGAAGAUGAAGAGUCCCAGGGCCUUCCUACCAUGGCAGGUAGAAAUACUGAUGAUAUUUCGGAAUUGGAAGACCUUUCGGAAUUGGAAGACCUUAAAGAUGCUAAACUUCAGACCUUGAAGGAACUUUUCCCGCAAAGAAGUGACAGUGAUUUACUUAAGUUGAUUGAAUCAACAAGCACUAUGGAUGGAGCAAUUGCUGCCGCCUUGCUGAUGUUUGGUGAUGCAGGUGGUGGACCCAGGAAAAGAAAAUUAUCUUCUUCUUCGGAGCCAUAUGAGGAAGAUGAAUUUAAUGAUGAUCAGUCUAUGAAAAAGAAAAGACUGGAUCACGGAGAGGAAUCAAAUGAGUCUGCAGAAUCUAGUAGUAAUUGGGAAAAGCAAGAAAGUAUUGUAUUGAAGUUGCAAAAGGAAUUUCCCAAUUUUGAUAAACAGGAACUAAGGGAAGUACUCAAGGAACAUGAAUGGAUGUACACAGAAGCUUUAGAAUCUUUAAAAGUGUUUGCAGAAGACCAAGAUAUGCAGUAUGCUUCACAAAGUGAAUUUCCAAAUGGAAAAGAAGCUUCCUCAAGAAGUCAGAAUUACCCUAAAAAUGCAGCUAAAACAAAACUGAAACAGAAAUGUUCCAUGAAACCACAAAAUGGUUUUAACAAGAAACGUAAAAAAAAUGUAUUUAAUCCUAAGAGAGUUAUUGAAGACUCUGAAUACGAUUCGGGCUCUGAUGUGGGUAGUUCACUAGAUGAGGACUACAGUAGUGGUGAAGAAGUGAUGGAGGAUGGCUAUAAGGGUAAAAUUCUUCACUUUCUUCAAGAUGCUUCAAUUGGUGAACUUACUUUGAUUCCUCAGUGUUCUCAGAAAAAGGCUCAGAAGAUAACAGAACUCCGGCCCUUUAAUAGUUGGGAAGCUCUGUUCACAAAGAUGUCCAAAACUAAUGGCUUAUCAGAAGAUUUGAUAUGGCAUUGUAAAACACUGAUCCAAGAAAGGGAUGUAGUUAUAAGGCUUAUGAACAAAUGUGAAGACAUUUCAAAUAAAUUGACAAAGCAAGUUACCAUGCUCACUGGAAAUGGUGGUGGAUGGAACAUAGAACAACCCUCCAUUCUAAACCAGAGUUUGUCACUCAAGCCAUAUCAGAAAGUUGGUUUGAAUUGGCUGGCAUUGGUACAUAAACAUGGACUUAAUGGCAUUUUGGCAGAUGAAAUGGGCCUAGGAAAAACUAUUCAAGCCAUUGCAUUCCUCGCAUACCUUUAUCAGGAGGGUAAUAAAGGUCCUCAUUUGAUCGUUGUUCCAGCGUCAACUAUAGAUAACUGGUUAAGAGAAGUUAAUUUAUGGUGCCCCACUUUAAAGGUGCUCUGUUACUAUGGCUCUCAAGAAGAACGUAAACAGAUUCGAUAUAACAUCCAUAGUAAAUAUGAAGAAUAUAAUGUAAUUGUGACCACGUAUAAUUGUGCAAUCAGCAGUUCUGAUGAUCGUAGUCUGUUUCGACGGCUGAAACUUAAUUACGCGAUUUUUGAUGAGGGCCAUAUGCUGAAGAAUAUGGGCUCCAUCCGCUAUCAGCACCUUAUGACAAUUAAUGCAAAUAACCGUUUGCUGCUCACAGGCACACCUGUACAGAAUAAUCUGCUAGAACUCAUGUCCCUAUUGAACUUUGUUAUGCCGCACAUGUUUAGUAGUAGCACCAGUGAAAUACGAAGAAUGUUUUCUUCUAAAACAAAAUCAGCAGAUGAGCAAAGUAUAUAUGAAAAGGAGAGAAUAGCACACGCAAAACAAAUUAUAAAACCAUUUAUUCUCAGAAGGGUAAAAGAAGAGGUUCUCAAGCAGCUACCCCCCAAGAAAGAUCAAAUUGAAUUGUGUGCAAUGUCAGAGAAACAGGAGCAACUCUAUUUGGGUCUUUUCAACAGAUUGAAAAAAUCUAUCAAUAACAUGGAAAAAAACACAGAAAUGUGCAAUGUCAUGAUGCAGUUGAGAAAAAUGGCCAAUCAUCCUUUAUUACAUCGCCAAUAUUACACAGCUGAAAAGCUCAAGGAAAUGUCGCAGCUUAUGCUAAAGGAACCUACACAUUGUGAGGCUAACCCUGACUUGAUCUUUGAAGAUAUGGAAGUUAUGACAGACUUUGAAUUACAUGUACUUUGUAAACAGUAUCGACAUAUUAAUAACUUCCAGUUAGACAUGGACUUGAUUUUAGAUUCUGGAAAAUUCCGAGUUUUAGGAUGCAUCUUGUCUGAAUUGAAACAGAAGGGUGAUAGAGUUGUAUUAUUUAGCCAAUUUACCAUGAUGCUGGAUAUUUUAGAGGUUCUCUUAAAACAUCAUCAGCAUAGGUACCUCAGAUUAGAUGGGAAGACUCAGAUUUCUGAAAGGAUUCACCUAAUUGACGAGUUUAAUACCGAUAUGGAUAUCUUUGUGUUUCUGCUGUCAACAAAAGCUGGUGGCCUAGGAAUAAACCUCACUUCAGCGAAUGUUGUUAUACUUCAUGAUAUUGACUGUAACCCGUACAACGACAAACAAGCAGAAGAUAGAUGCCAUAGAGUAGGCCAGACUAAAGAAGUACUAGUUAUAAAAUUAAUAAGCCAAGGGACAAUUGAAGAAUCCAUGCUAAAAAUUAACCAACAGAAAUUGAAACUAGAACAAGAUAUGACCACAGUUGAUGAAGGUGACGAAGGGAGUAUGCCAGCAGAUAUAGCCACGUUACUAAAAACGUCAAUGGGCCUGUGAAAUUAAGAAUUGUGAAUUCCUAAUUGAUGAGGAAAUAUCAACUUGGUGCACUCAAGGACAUUUACAUUAUGACGACCAUGGGGUUUAUGAACAUUUAUAACUUUUUAUAAUUUCCAUAUUACAUUUCUCAUAGUAUGGACAACUUUUUUGCCACUAACUGAAUUCUCCAGAUGCUCACAUGUGAAAUUUCAAAAAAAAAAAAAACAACAACAAAAAAAACCCACAAAUAUGUAGUCCUGAAGAUGUUGAAUAAUCAUUUUACAAAACAGUUUUCUGAAUGGGGAUUAGUUGGUGAUUGUUUGUAACAAAUAUGCUAAUGCUUUAGAAAUGUCAGUAUUUUUGUAAUUAUUUCUACCUCCAAAUAUAUAUAUAUUGUCUUUCACUGGAUAAUGUGUGUAGAUUUUUACAUGUGCCUUAUUUGACAAUGCUUACGUCUUGUUUUUCCUUGUCUCAUUUGAAGUUCUUUUUUUGUUAGUUUAAAGGACACAGCUGUAUAGAUUAUAUAGCUUUCAUUUUAUUGCUAUUUGAAGCAGAUGUUCACCACUGUCAACAGGAACUCAACCUGAAUUUAAAGGUGGCAUUCCAUUUACUAACACCCCCAGGUCCUUCCAAGUACUUCUGUUAAAACAAAUUUGUUUGGCUAGGCACUAAGUUGUUUUCCAGUGAAUAGUAACGAAGAAGCCCUUCUCUUGCUCCAUGGAUUAAUUCCUUCUGUUCAUUUCCCCACUGCACUAAUUGUGCUUAUUACUCUGCCUAUUCUUGUGCAUGUUUUCAUUGAUUUCCCUCUCCUGGCUUUUGCUUCUCUUGAAACUGUUGCCCAGUCACUUCUGCUCCAGUUCUCUUUACUCUCUAAAUAGUAGUUUAUUCCUGCCACGUCUCCACGUAUCAGCAAAAUGUGGGUAACAUUUGUCUAGCCUGGCAGAACAGAUUAACAGGCUAUUUCACUUCAAAGCAGACUGAAUGUGACUUCAUAUUAAGGCAGCGUUAGGUACUGCAUGGAAAUAGGUCAUUAACUUUAAACACUUCUCAAAAUAUAAUUUAUCAGUUUCCAGAAUUUCCAGUACAGGACCUCCUGAAGAGAGAGCCAUUGUUCAAUUCCAAUUCAGUGUGGGUGACAAAGUGAAAUUUAGAAGAAGUAAAGUUGUCUAUUUGAUAUUGAACUCUUUAUUAAAUCUUUCUUUAAAUUUUUGCCUGUCAGUCUAUCUUGCUGUUUUUAUUAUACAUCAGUUUCUUUGUAUAACUUGUGAGUUUCAUGUGUUUUGUUUUUAUUAUGUAAAUAUCAUUAUAAAUAAACUUAUUUAUAAAUCACAGUCUUGUUAAUUUUGGAGAUUGUACUUUCAGGGCAUCCUGACUUGCUAAGAUGCUUAGGUCAUAUAAUCCUCUGGAGUUAGAAGAGUAAUGAAGCUCUCAAAGCAAUCUUCAGAUAUUACAGACUCUGAAAACUCAUGAUUCAGUAGAUUUACCCAAUCUUGAAGGUAUAUUGAAUAUAAUCGAUAUAUUUUAGUAUAAUGGGGCUAGAAGGAAUCUGCAAAUACUAUUACUACCUCUUCCUACAUCGCAGGACCCAAAUCACUUAGACUGUUGGAAAUACUACCUUUCAAAAUCUGAUAGUGGAUUUCUUAAUAACUUUUCUGUGGUAAUGUGUCCUCAGUGAGAGGCUGUUUCUUUUGUUGUUAUUAAGUCCAUAUUAUCUUUAAUGAGAUGUAGUUGAGUUCUCCCUGUCAUGCUCUAUUAAGUCUUGGGCUUAAUAAAAAUAUUUGUGAUCAUAA